CCAGACCCCAGCCAAACAGACGCCGCAGCGUCCCUCAACUCAACCCUCCAAACCUCCCUCCCGAACCCCAUCGCCGACAAGAUCCCCCACAUCCCCGAGUCCAAAGACGAGCUCAAAGCCGAUACCAAAGCCGCCGCCUCGGGCCUCGCGACCCAGCUCCGCUCCCUCGCCGCCGGCGGCUUCGGCGGCAUCUGCGCCGUCGUCGUCGGCCACCCCUUUGACCUCGUCAAGGUCCGCCUCCAGACCGCCGACAAGGGCGUCUACUCCUCCGCCGUCGACGUCGUCCGCAAAAGCGUCGCCCGCGAUGGGCUCCGGAGGGGUCUCUACGCCGGCGUCAGCGCGCCCCUCGUCGGCGUCACACCAAUGUUCGCCGUCUCCUUCUGGGCGUACGACCUAGGCAAAACCCUCGUCCGCGCAACCUCCUCCACCCCAGACGCACCCCUCUCCAUAGCCCAAGUCUCCGCGGCAGGCUUCUUCUCCGCCAUCCCCAUGACCGCCAUCACCGCCCCUUUUGAACGCGUAAAAGUAAUCCUCCAAGUCCAGUCCCAGCGCUUGCAGCCAGGCGAAUCCCCCAAAUACAAGGGCGGCACCGACGUCGUCCGCCAGCUCUACAAAGAAGGCGGACUCCGCUCCGUCUUCCGCGGUUCCGUCGCCACCCUCGCCCGCGACGGGCCCGGGUCCGCCGCCUACUUCGCCGCCUACGAGUACAUCAAGCGCCGCCUGACGCCCAAGGACCCCGUCACGGGUAAGGCGUCGGGCGAGCUCUCCCUCCUCGCCGUCACCGCCGCGGGCGCUGCCGCCGGCGUGGCCAUGUGGAUCCCCGUGUUCCCCGUCGAUACGGUGAAAUCGCGCCUGCAGACGGCCGAGGGGAACGUCACGCUCGGCGGCGUGGUGCGCGAGGUGUACGGCCGCGGGGGCUUCAAGGCCUUCUUCCCCGGCUUCGGACCCGCCCUCGCGAGAGCUGUGCCUGCCAACGCAGCUACUUUCCUCGGUGUUGAGCUUGCGCACCAGGCUAUGAAUAAGGCGUUUGAUUAA